AUGUAUGUAUGUUCCUGUAGAUUUUCAUUACAAGGGGGUAUUUGCGCCAAAGUCGUUGGUAUACUUGGACCAUGUAAAAAAAUUGUUCGUGAUGUGGAUUUUGGUGGAUUUACGUAUAAAGAAUUUAUUUUGUGGCUUACGAAAUUAACCGAAGGAGACUAUGAUAAUGUCUACUACUGUAAUAGAAAUCAAUGCUUGGUUGAGGGUAUAAGAAGAAUCGACAGUGAUGCUGAUUAUCAGGAGUUUGUAGAAGCUAUUUAUAGUGAUGCUAAGUUGGAUGUGUAUAUUGAUCACCAAAAUGAACCAAUUCUUGAUUGGGCUGAUAACGAGGUUUUAGCAGAUGAUAUAAGUGAUGAUAAUGAGUAUGACUUGGAUGAAGAAGAUGAUAAGGACUCAGAAAUUUCUAAUACUACGAAAUAUGAACAUUAA